AUGGAUUUGGGCUGUGGAUGCGGCCAGUAUCUGAAGGUUUUUGACUCCCUUGGAUUUUUGAGCAGAGGAGUAGAUCUGAAUCCUUAUGCAGAUGAACUGUCUAGCGGUCUCUGCACCCUCGGCGAUAUCACAGCACCCCUGGAGCAUCAAGAGCCCAGUGAUUGGAUUCUGUCACUGGAGGUGGCUGAGCAUGUGCCUGCCAUCUUUGAGGGCGCUUUCCUAGAGAAUGUCAAUCGCCAUGCCCUGCAGGGCGUGGUAAUGUCAUGGGCUGCACGCACUCAACUUGAUCGAGGUCAUGUGAACAUGAGGGACCCGGACGAGGUACAGACAAUUUUUGCUAGAUUGGGCUUUGGGUACGAUGAGGCCGCGAGCUCAAUGCUGCGAGCAUCGGCAGCCCGAACGACAUCCUUCGGUGCCUGUUGCGGCCAUUUUGCGUACAACUUGCACGUGUUCCAGCGGGUGUCUCCUGCAAUUCCGAAUCUAUCAGACUUUCAGAUCUUCUUAGAUGACUUGAGCAAGCAGGCUUGUACCAAGUACAAGCGGUAUGACCGCGGCUGCGAUGAGUGCAGAUUCCGCAGAUAUCCGGCUAGGCCUGCCGAGGUCCUCCCUAGCGAGGUGCUUUGGGACCUGAAGGGCGAUGUGCCCAUCCAGGAGGCCGAGACCCUUUGUUGCAGGGAAGGCCCUGCCCGCUGUGCGGCCGUCUAUGUUGAUGGCAACGCUGGCCGUAUCAAGCUUCUGAGCGAAGUUCCGGCACCCUCAAACUGGUUCCAGGAUUCUGGACUCUCCCUCCGCGUGAUGCACGUGUGGAAUCUGCAUGCCCUAAAGCGGGAGAGUGAGAUCCGAAGGAUGGAGGGCAAGGACUUGAGCUACUGGUCCGUAAGCGAGAUGGAGCCAUGCUUUGGUGAUGAUGCGGACGCGUGCUUGGAGCCUGUACCUCCUCAGACCUGA